CAUCCAACCAAGUCCACAGCUUUCAAACCCUCCCUUCUCAGUCUCUACGCUGAAAUCUCAAACCCUUCUCUCUCUGUCUCUCUGGAAUCGAUUGAGCUCGAAUUCAAGCAUGAAAUCAACUCGUCGACUCUUCGAAACCCUAAUUCGAGACAACAACAAUGGCAUUGCGAGCUCGAGCAGAUUGUACUACACCAACAGGCAAGGGAAGGUGACACUGUACUCGAAGAUCAGUCCGAUGGGGAACCCUAGCACGAGCGUGACUCCAGAGCUCGACGUCUGGGUCGACAAUGGCAACAAGGUCCGUGUUGCUGAGCUCCAGCGCAUCAUUCACGACCUCCGCAAGCGCAAACGCUUCUCUCAAGCCCUCGAGGUUUGUGAGUGGAUGAGUAAGAAAGGUAUUUGUGCAUUCUCACCGAUUGAGCAUGCCGUGCAGUUGGAUCUAAUUGGGAGGGUCCAUGGAUUUCUUUCAGCUGAAAGCUAUUUUAAUAACUUGAAGGACCAAGAUAAAACAAAUAAGACGUAUGGUGCUCUCUUGAAUUGUUAUGUCCGACAACGCCAAACUGACAAGUCCUUGUCUCAUUUGCAAAAAAUGAAGGAGAUGGGUUUUGCUUCAUCAUCGCUCACUUACAAUGACAUAAUGUGCUUGUACACAAAUAUUGGUCAGCAUGAAAAGGUCCCCGAUGUCCUAACUGAGAUGAAGAGGAACAAAGUUUCUCCUGACAAUUUCAGCUACAGAAUCUGCAUCAAUUCAUAUGGAGUGAAAUCAGACAUUGAAGGAAUGGAAAAUAUUUUAAAAGAAAUGGAGAGCCAACCCCACAUUGUCGUGGAUUGGAAUACGUAUGCAGUUGUGGCAAAUUUUUACAUCAAGGGAGGCCUAACCAACAAGGCCAUUGAUGCCUUGAAAAAAUCAGAGGAGAAACUAGAUAAUAAAGAUGGUCUUGGCUAUAACCAUUUGAUUUCACUCUAUGCUGGUCUUGGAAAUAAGUCCGAGGUCUUGAGAUUAUGGGGUCUUGAGAAGAGUGCUUGCAAGAGGUGCAUCAACCGGGAUUAUGUUACAAUGCUGGAAUCCCUGGUGAAGCUUGGGGAACUCGAAGAAGCUAAGAAAGUGCUGAAGGAGUGGGAAGCAUCGGGUAAUUGUUAUGAUUUCCGAGUGCCAAACAUAGUCAUUGUUGACUAUUGUGAAAAAGGGUUAUUUGAGAAAGCCAGGGCAAUGCUUGAAGACUUGAUGGAAAAGGGAAAGGCCUUGACCCCAAAUAGUUGGGGCAAGGUGGCUGAGGGUUACCUGAACAAGGGAGAAAUGGAGAAGGCUAAGGGGUGUAUGAAGGCAGCUCUAUCAUUACAUGUGGAAAAUAAACGAUGGAAACCCAAUCCUAAGGUUAUUACAGGCAUUUUGAAUUGGGUUGGUGAUACGGGUAGCGUAAAUGAUGCAGAAGCUUUUAUCGCCUCCUUGAGGACUGUUAUUCCGAUGAAUAGACAGAUGUAUCAUGUCUUGCUUAAGGCGAAUAUUCAGAGUGGCAAAGAAGUGGAUGAGCUUCUGUGCAGUAUGAAGGCUGAUAAAAUAAACGAAGACGAAGAAACUAAGGAGAUCCUUGGCGUGAAGCAGAUUGAAACAAAAUGAUCUGAUUUGUUAUUUUAUACUCCCUCCAAGUGUGAUGGUACUUUCUCCUCAUUUCUCCGGUGUAGGUCUCUGUCAUUGUUCCCAUGAAAAUGUUAUCUGCUUUUUUCUGUGGAAAUGAAUGACACUUUGAGAAACUUGCCUCAUUUUCUUAAAGAUUCAUAAACAUCUUCAAAGUAUUUCAUUAGAUUUGUUAAUGUAAUUUUUGCGGAUCUCUAUUUGAGUCAUAGAAUGCAAAUUGUAAAACUGAGUUUUGCGUCAGUUUUGUUGGUAUGACAUUCAUGUAUGUGCAAA